GGGCUGCCGCGUUGCUUGUCCAACGACGGGCAUGGCAACCUUCGCACUUCCUGGUGUUCCAGCUCUGUCGCGGGCUCUUACCCCAAUCGCGCUGUUCGCUAACCUAGAAAAGCUCCCUCCACAUCUUCCUACCUUGAUAAACUGGUUCAUUAUAUUCACCUUUGUCCAGCUCGUUGUUUCCCCGAUUCUUAGCUCUCUUGUUUCUACAACAUACUCAACCAUCACAAGGAAACAGAAAUGGCACAUGCACGUUGUUUCGCAACUACACGCGUUCACGGUCGUUCUGCUCGCUAUGAGGUACCUUUCAGUAGAGGAUUUGCAGAAGGAUAAGUUGUAUGGGUGGGACGAUAGGGUUGGUACGCUCCAGGCUAUUGCGGUCGCUUUUUUUCUAUGGGACACAUUGAAUGAGCUGAUCUUGGCGGACGAACUGGGAUUCGUCUUGCAUGGAUUGGCCUGUUUGUUGAUUUACACGUUUGCUUUCUCACCGUACCUGUGUUAUUUUGCUACGAGAUCUUUACUCUGGGAAACGAGCACGAUUUUUCUCAACAUCCACUGGUUCCUUGAUAAAACAAAACAGACCGGAAGUGCCUUUCAGCUGGUCAAUGGGAUACUUCUGAUUAUUACGUUUUUCUGUGCGAGAAUCGUUUACGGCUUGUGGACGUCCUACGAAUUUUGGCGUGUGAUAAUGGGUGCCGAACUCCCCUUCGCCUUCUAUCUCGUCUUCUGCACAGGCAAUAUUUUGUUGACCGGCUUGAAUUUAGUGUGGUGAGUUCGUUUGUCUCUGUUUCCACGAUUCCACCCUGGGUCUUUGACGCACUGGCUGUUAGGUUUGGAAAAAUGAUUUACGCGUUGCAGAGGAGAUUCAAAAAGCCUCAGAAAGUGAAUGGAGCCAGCCUUUAGACGUAGACUUGAGCGAGAUAGUUAUGCGUAAACUAAAGUACUGUGGGGAAGCCUGCUAUUAGGCGCGCCUACACACGUCCCGUUCUUGACUCUUAUAUAAACUUACA